UUUCAUUCAGUUCACAUCUGUUUACGGUACGCAGCGGACGUGCGGCGUGUAUGUGUCCAUCUCACGUGACCGACGCGCGCGCGCCCUCUUUCAGGAGCCACUAAAGUAAAUUCAGAAUCGACACGCGCGGGGCUACGACGGUGUACGAACGGUGUGAGUGUGUCAGUGGUGUGACGCGACAGCCAACCGUUGAUAGUUUUCCCAGCUUUAAAGCGUGAACCGAUAAAAAAAAGCUAACGCAAGCAGCAAAACCCUAUCGGAGAAAGCAUAGGUAAAAAUCGUGUAAAAUCAAAUCCGUGAAAAUCGAUGCAAAAAAGUGCUUUCACCCAUCGGAAAAUUGCGUGUACCACGAAGGGAGAUAGGUGAAUUUUCACGUGCUAAAUUGUGCAACGAAAAGCGAGUUUAAAGGCUAGAGCAGAAACGGGAGUGGAAAAAGGAUACCCCUGCCAAAUCCCCGUUUGCCGUUGCCACGAUACCGACGAAAUGAAGUGAAAUUCUAACCCUCGGCUCGGUUGGGUGAAAAUUCUUAAAUAGUGCGACUGCAAAAACGAACGACGGUCGCAAAACUUAUCACGUGAAGGGUGUUUCGGACGCCCGAAACACAAUUACCAAACUGUGCGACAAACUUGCUGGGGCAGUGCGAAACGGGCCGGGAGCGGGAAAGCAAAAAACGCCGGGGAAAGAAAAAUCAAUCGGAAAAGCCUCUCCGCUGCCCAAUCAGUGUGUAUGUGUGUCUCUGUGUCCGGGCACAACGAGAGCAGUGCGAAGGAGUUGUAAAUCAUUUUCCUCCCUGUGUGGCUGGGUAGCUGAGCGUGUUUGUUUAUGAGGAAAACAGCCCUGCAGCCCUUUCCCUCCCCAUCCCCCGACAGUGUAUCAGUGUGUGUGUGCGAGUGUGUGGUGAAGGAAGGAAACGUAACGCACGGGGAAAAAUUCUCGGCUUUCCAAAACCUUUGGAAGAAAAUCCAAACCGCUGGCCCCGUAAUAACCGGUGGGAAAUGAAUGAGGGUACGGCUUUUCCACCCACUGGAAGAGAAGUGAAAUUCGUUUCCUUUACGUGUCUGAAUUUCUACUGAUGUGUACGAGUGUCCGUGUGUGUGUGUGUAGGUGUAUGUGCACUACCAAGAUAAUGGUGCGUACGUCCGUUCGCAGCGGUAGCAUCAGUGCGAAGUUACAUCUUACUACUUCGGCUUCGUUCAAGAUUACUGCAGCGUGAAGAAAAACCGCAAAGUCAGCACAACGUUUCUCGUGCCCUAGUGUGUGUCCGUGUGUGUAUGUGAAAAGUACCGGGAGAAAAGCAAGCGGUGGGAAAAAAGCAAGAAAGAAAGAAAGCAAAUCCACCCCAAUACCGGACGGAAAUCGAACCCCGAGUGAAGGGAAAACGAAGCAAACGGUCAGCAAACGUCUACAUUUCGGAGCCCUGAGUCUGUUUUUCUUCUUCCACCCGAGGGCCGGAAAUUACCUUUGCCCUCACUCCCUCCUUCAACCAUCGGGUGAGGUUCCCAGCAAUCCCAUCGGUGAAGUGGAGAAUAUUUGAUUUUCGUUUCAUUUCGGAUUUAUGGUACUGGCUUCCAUUUUUUUUUUCUUUGCUGCCCUGCCCGGUUCCAAGUCCGAGUGCUCCGGGUGGUACGGUGCUAGUGUGUCGGCUGCGUGCUUUGGUUCCCUUUGGUUGGUUUGGUGAAUAAUUCAAAUCGUUCGCAUAACUGAAACGCUCAAACGCGUAUCGAAUCGCAGCGUGUGUAACGCAUUUCGGGUCUGUAACGCUUUCAUCAUAACACCUCGCGUUACAAUUAGCGGUGAAAGGCGAAGUUGGCGGGAGAAAACGGAGCAGAUGCAAAAUAAAAACAAAGUACCAGUGUGCGAGCAUUCCCGGCAUCAUCAACAACGUACCCAUCGACACCAUCAUCAUCAUCAUCAUCGUUGUCGUCGUUAUUAUUGAGGUGGUGCAAAAGAAAAGCACAACAUCCGCAGCAUUAAACCCCAGAAAAACCUGCGUGUGAAUGUGUAUGUGUGUGUGUGUCUGUGUGUGGGGCAGCAACGGCGGCAGCAUAAGCGUUACGUAAUAAAUUUUCAUAUAAAACGGGGCACCCCAUAACAAGGAUUAAAUUGGAUUUAUUACCAGUGAAUGAAAAAUUGAUUUAUGUACAAAAUUGAUUUUUCUCCCACAAUAACACCCCGCCGCUAGUGAGUGUGUGUAUGUGCGCCGGUGACGUGCUGCAUCCGGUUUACCGCUAGGCUGGCAUUGGCCAGUGUCUGUCCGGGCAAUACAGUGCAGUGAAGUGGCAGAAGGCGCAGUGCAUAAUAAUUGAUCCCUUGCUGAAUUGUUGCAAGUUUACGAGCGGUGGUUCUCACCGAUGGAGCUCGUCGACUUCCAUAAGUGUCCCCGAACGACGUACAACGACCCGAACCGCAUAGUGUGUGCUCGUGUUUGUGUCAGGUGUUGAGCGAGCCACCGGUACGUCCCGCGGUACAGCAUGGCGAUAGAACCGUGAAGGAUCUGCACAAGGCCAACGAAACCAGGAGCACGAUCCCGCAGUGAGUAACGCAAAUGAAACCAUCACAUAGCAAACAGAGAGCGCCGUACUCGAUCGACCACACCAUGGCAACGACGUCCGCCACGACGGGGCCGUACAUCUGUUGAUCGUGUACGAAUCGGUGGUUACUACGCGGACACUAAGGCAGGAGAAACUGAAUUUGCCUCCCAACCAACGCUCUGUUGGGAGUUUGAGGCGACCGUCGCUGUGCUAGUUCCUUUUAUGUUUAAGUUCCCCAAUUUCCGGAUGUACUGCGUACCGACGAUGGAACGUCACAUCCAGCAACACAGACAUUCGAUGGGGUCGGUGGAUGAGUGGCAGUGGUGGCAGUUUCGGAUAGGGGCACACCGGUGGUGUUGGCGAGCCCCGCCGUCCCGGAGAAGCUUUUGGUGGCCGUGCUCGGCCCGGACACUGUUGGUGGUGGUGCUACUGCUGGCCAUCGUUGGUCGGGACACGGUGAACGGUGAACCUAACUGUCCCUCGGCCUGUCAGUGCAAGUGGAAGGGUGGCAAGCAGGCGGUCGAGUGUUUGAGCGGCAAUCUAUUCACGAUCCCGGAGAACAUCGACCACUCGACGCAGGUGCUGGACGUGUCGGGAAACAACCUGCAGAUCAUCUCGAACGAAACGUUCAUCCGUUCGAACCUGCUGAACCUGCAGAAGCUAUACAUGCGAGACUGUCGCAUCGGUCAGAUCGAUGACGGUGCGUUCGCCGGGUUGACGAAUCUGGUCGAGCUGGACCUGUCGAUCAAUCUCCUCACAGCGGUACCGUCAGCCGCAUUCCAGCACAUCGUAUCCCUGCGAGAUCUGACGCUAGCGCGUAACCACAUCCAGAAAAUCGAGAGUCACGCAUUCCGCAACGUGACGGCGCUCAACAAACUAGAUCUCUCGUUCUGCAGCAUCCAGACGAUUGCGCCGCAAGCAUUCGAAGGACUCGGGUCGCUCCAUUCGCUCAAACUGAACGGCAACCAGCUGUCCGAGCUACGACCAAAGACGAUCGAAACGCUCAGCCGACUGCACGGGAUCGAGCUGCACGAAAACCCGUGGGUGUGUGAUUGUCGGCUGCGGGCAGCGAAACUGUGGCUGACGGAGCACAACAUCCCGUACCCGAUCGCACCGACCUGUGCCGGUGGUCCGGAGCGCGUGAUGGACAAAACGUUCGGCGAGCUGCAGGUGGACGACUUUGCCUGCAAGCCGGAAAUGUUGCCGGUGCGCCGCUUCAUCCAGGCGUACAGUGGCGAGAAUGCGACGAUCGAGUGCCGCAGCUCGGCGGUCCCGUCCGCCACCGUCAACUGGUACUGGAACGGGAAGCUGCUGGUGAACAAUUCGCACUUCAGCGCGUACCAGCGCGUGCUCGUGUACGAGCAGGGCAACUUCGAGAAGCGCAGCAAGCUGACGCUCACCAACGCGCAGGAGACGGACUCGAGCGAGUUUUACUGCGUGGUGGAGAAUCGGGCCGGUACGGCCGAGGCCAACUUUACGCUGCACGUGGGGGUGCGCGAUAUCGGGUUCGCGAUCGAAAACCGGCAGAUCAUUGGGCUGAGCGCGGCCCUGGUCAUACUGAUACUGUUCAUCCUGCUGAUCAUACUGUUCCUGCUGGUGCGAUUACGGCGCAUACCGAUGACGGAGACGAAAACCCCGAACCAGGUCGAGGUGAUCACGUCCGUAAGUCCCUCUAGCAAUGUAAAUGGCAAGGUGGCGACACCUAUUAACGAUUGUCAUUCUCCAGAUCGAAAAAACGCCCCCGGCGAUCUAAAGUGCUGCCCGUCGGCGGCCAACCCGGUCCAGAAGCCGCCGCGGCUGACCGAUCUGCCCUACUCCACGUCCCACUAUGACGGUGGCGGAAGUCUGAUCGCGUCCGGCCAGUGCUUCGUGUCGCCGACGCACUCGCUCGCGGGCAACAAUCCGGACCUGAUCAACGAUACGAAGCGGUUGGGCAGUGGGUCCGAUCUUGCCACCGGCACCGUCGGUGCACCACCCGGUGCCUCCGGUGCCGUCGAUCCGCUCGCGCACCUUAGCCAGCUGCAGAUGCAGGCCACCACCGCGCUCAACACCGCGCUCUCGCUGAUGGACCCGGUCGAGCGGCCGGGCAGUGGCGAGUAUAGCCGGGCCGGUUGCGACUCGCUCUAUCCGUCCGGGCUGUGGGAAACGCACAGCUCCAACCUAGCGGCCACCGGACUCGAUCACGGUGGUGGUGGGACCGCCGGCAACGGGCCCUACUCCGACAAACUACCCAUUCUCGGUUCGUCCACCACCGGACCGACCAUGCUGAAUCUGGACGACGAAACGUCCUCCGUCGAUUACCUGAGCCGAACGUUCCCGCGGACACAUCUCACCUCCGGCCUGUCCCUCACCGCAUCGACCGGACCUGCAGGUGUUUACGGCCAGACGGGACCUUCCGGCACGACGGCGGCGGCAAGCAACAGCAGUAGCGGCGGCGGCUAUCCCGCAGACUACGGGCUACCGAUCGUGCCCGGGGCGGAGCAGCUGCACAACAAGCUGGCCAGCGUACAGCCGGCCCAUCACGGCAGCACUGGCAGCAUGCCGAUGAACGCGAAAACGCUGCGGGUGUGGCAGAAGGGCGGCGUGCCGGUUCUGCCACCGGUGACGGCCUUAAAACGUGCUUUAUCCAACAGCCGCAACUCGCCCGACGAAGGCUACCAGGAGGGCUGCGGGACGGAUGUGUAGUCCAGCUUUUAGGCUUUCCGCUUGCCCUCACUAGCAGCAACCCACGACCAGCCGCCUCCCUCCCCGGCCCCAGCGAGUGACAACGACGAGGACGAGCUGUGAGCGGCGGCUCGUCCGGUACGCGCCUAGCGGGUAUGCAAUCCGCACAUACUCGCGCGCGCUCUAUCUCACCGGUAACGCUCGUAGCUUUGAUACCUCUUUGAUUUCAACAAAACGUCUUAGUCAAAUCGUUCCACGCGUCGCGAACUUGAAGUAGCUAGAUCGAUCGCUCGUACACCACGUCAAACGGAUGGUCGGAAGCGAAACGAAACCGAUGUAUGUAAUAAAAUGACCGUUCGAGUGAGAUAAAGAUGUGCCGCGGUUUAGCGUUACGCGAGGAUGUAUCCCAAAGAAAACCAAUGCAACACGACAGGAUUGUAGAGAGAAGAAAAAAAACGAAUCACACACACACACAAACACACAUAAUUGUUCCACGAUAAAGAACUGGUGAAUGUAUGUGUUAGUGUGUGUUUUUGUGCGUGGGGCCGUGUAUGUGUGACUGUGUAUAUAUAUUGUUUUGUGAAGAGAACCGCACACCAGAUCCGGGCGGAGGAAUGUCGCAGAAAUGUCACAAUUUUAGUUCGUUGCCAAGCCGGUUCGUCGGUGGUCGGUCGAUUUGACGCGUGUAGAGAGUGGACGCACGGGUGGGAAAAUGAUGGGAGGAAACACGAAACGAAACAACAAACCGUUCUGUGUCGAGGGCUUGCCUAAUGAGGGCGAUAGCGGAAAGUGUAUGAAUGUGAUAAGUACUGUGAAAGGUACACCCUCUUUAUUCAUCUGAUUUAUUUAAUCUCCUAUUUUUUAUACAUCACAUAACCCAAAAUGAGUACGUAAGUGAAGGGGGAAAAAGGGGACGCGUGCACUGGGGUGGAGCUGGACGUGAGGAGCGAGAGCGCCCAGCUCCCAACCCCCACGCGUUGUCGGAAUAGAGCAUAAGCUUAUGGUGUGGUAGGUUCCAUCCUUUCACCCUGAUUCCUCAAAAAAAGAAAAACCCUCCCGUCUGUGAGCGUUGUUCCUUUUUCCAAAGUCCACAGUGCGCCUGGAAAAACGGCACAUGUUGUUUUCCUUGCCGAGUGUUACGUUUGCAUCGUGAAACGGUGCAGGCAGGUUCUCCAUCCUUCUUCAGCAGCAUCGCUCCAGGAACGCUCGAGUUUUCCCGCAUGGUGCACUCACCAUGCUUCAAAGGCGAACAAAACUGGCGUAGUUUUGAAAGAGUUUUCCGAAAAACUUUCAAACACAUACACACACACACACACACACACGAGAGAACGCUUCUCUGUGAGCUGUGGGCUGUUGGCUGACGGAGGGCGGAGAACGUGUUGCGAUGCGGGUGUGUUGUAGGAAAGCGAAAAGGAAAAGCAAAAACACAAACACGAGAAGCAGAAAGAACUCACUCACUCUCUGAGACAAAAAAGACUUGUAAACUUAAUUAAUGAAAGGUAAAUACUUAGGUGUACAGAAAACUUUGUUUAUAUAAUUAUAGUGAGGAAAAAUAAAUAAAUUAUAUCUAUAUACACAAAACCAUGAAUGGGAAAAGAGCGUAGAGUGGGGGGGGAAAAAUACACACGCGCGUACACAUUGAAUAACACGGGGAAACUUCUCGCCGUGUUUAGUAGUGGUGAGGUAACAUGUGUUAUGGAAAUUCAACAGAAAACAUGUAAACCUAUCGAGCGAAUGGAAGCAAACACACCCAUCAUCAUCGUCACAUGAGCAGUAGAAAAUCGAUGUGUGAGUAAGUGUGUACGAGCAGGAUGUAGAUCUGUAACGAGAGCAAACAGAAAAUUUAAGAAAACGAAAUGCAAAAAAAAACGAACACGAAAUCAUUCACAUCAUAUGCAAAAUGUCAUUAAAACAGAUAAAUGGUUGCAAAGUUCAGAAAAGAAAAACAAAACAUUACAAACAAUGAAACAGAAAGUAAAACAAAAACGAGCAUAACAAUUAGACAAGAAGACACACACACACUUAGGCUAGUUUUAUAUAUGACAUCCCGAAAGACCGAAUGCAAACACAAACAGGAAGAAAACAGUAAACAGAAAAUCCAGUCACCCAUUAAUAAACGACGUAACGAUCUUGUACAGAGCGUUGGUAUAGGCGAAUGAAACACGCAACGUUCAAAGGAAAAAAACACAGAAAAUAUUAUGAAAAAGAAAAGAUGUGCAAAGUCAUAGCCUGAGAAGAAAAUAGUAAACAAAAAAAAACAGAAGACAACAGUGACACUCAAAAAUUCAUAAUGGAACACAUUUAGCGCAAAAAAGAAAAACAAACAACCAAAAGAAGAAACAGAAGAAACGAAACAGUUAAAGCAAACCAUCAAACUAUCUAAACGAAUCCAAAUUGAAGCAACAAAAAAAGGAACAAAACGAAAAACAAAACAGAACGGCAACAGAAAACCCAGUGCUGGAAAGCAAAACCGAAGCACUACGGGGGGGAAAACCAAAGACUUUAAGAUGAAUAAUGAAACUGUAAAACACGCGAAACAGACACAGAAACAGUAGAAGAG